AUGGAGACCAGGAAGGGCAACACCUGUAUAAGAUGUGACCAAGUGGACUACCUACUCUGCCUGGUGGCAGAGCUAAUAGAAGAGGUAGAUGGGCUACGGAGCAUCAGGGAGGUGGAGCAGGAAAUAGACUGGUGGAGCCGCACCCUGUCCUCCCGGAUAUCUAUGCAGGAGCAGCCACCAAAAAAGGCCCGGGAUCAAAGGGAACUAGCAUCCCCCCCCUGUCAGGAUGAUGGAAGGGCCUCAGUGGAAAGCAGUGAGUGGAAACUGGUCUGCAGUCGGGGCAGGUGGAGAACCCUUUCUUUGCCCAGUGCUUCUCCCCAGGUGCCUCUGCGAAACAGGUAUGAGGCUCUAGAGGUGGAAGUGAAGGCGGUGGACGGGACCUUGUUCUUUGUUGAUCUUCAGCUGCAUGAAUAUUCAGAAGCUGUUCCUGGUGUCCCCACUUCAUAUGCUGCUAUCCUAAGAAUCAAAUCUGGUACUUCAUCUUUAGCCUCAUUUAAUUCAAAGAACAGACCACGACUGAGCAGUCCUUCAUCAGGAAGUGUAUCUUCACCAGGCUGGAGAGGAGCUGCACAACAUUAUCACUCCCCAACAAACCUCUACCACUUUUCAGAGGCCUUCAAACAUGAUGAAAGUGUUGAUUAUGGGCCGGUGUUUGUACAAGAGCCAGAUGAUGUGAUUUUUCCAACUGAUUCUGAAGAGAAGAAAGUGUCUCUGAAUUGUCAAGCUCGUGGAAAUCCAACUCCAACAUACAGAUGGCUUCAAAAUGGAACUGAAAUCGACAUUGAAAGUGAUUAUCGCUUCAGUUUAAUAGAAGGAAGUUUGAUCAUCAACAACCCCAGCGAAAUGAAGGAUUCUGGACAGUAUCAGUGUUUAACCACCAACAUGUUUGGCAGUAUUUUAAGCAGAGAGGCUGUUCUUCAGUUUGCAUAUCUGGGGAAUUUUAGCGGUCGGACAAGAAGUGCUGUCUCUGUACGUGAAGGUCAAGGAGUUGUUCUGAUGUGCUCCCCUCCACUUCAUUCACCAGAGAUCAUCUAUAGCUGGGUAUUUAAUGAAUUCCCAUCUUUUGUGGCAGAAGACAGCAGACGCUUCAUCUCUCAAGAGACAGGCAAUCUCUACAUCUCCAAGGUGCAAACUUCUGAUGUCGGCAGCUACAUAUGCCUGGUAAAAAACACAGUGACAAAUGCCAGAGUUUUGAGUCCUCCUACACCUCUGACACUGAGAAAUGAUGGUGUGAUGGGGGAAUAUGAGCCAAAAAUUGAAGUGCAUUUUCCUUACACAGUUACAGCUGCGAGGGGAACUACUGUUAAGAUGGAGUGUUUUGCACUUGGCAACCCUGUUCCAACAAUCUCUUGGAGGAAAGUUAAUGGUCAUAAUCCAAGUAAAGCCCGGCUGAGAAAAUCCCAAGCUGUGCUUGAAAUACCUAAUGUGCAGCUAGAGGAUGCGGGGAUGUACGAAUGUAAGGCUGAAAACUCUCGUGGAAGAAAUGUCUUCAGAGGACAACUACAGGUGUACACCUACCCACAUUGGGUGGAGAAACUUAAUGAUACUCAAUUAGACAGUGGAGAUCAGCUCCGAUGGGAAUGUAAAGCCACUGGAAAGCCAAAGCCCACGUAUCGUUGGCUGAAAAAUGGAGUUCCUGUCUGGCCACAGAGCAGGAUUGAGAUGGUUAAUGGUGUUCUGAUGAUCCACAGUGUGAAUGUCUCAGAUGCUGGAAUGUAUCAGUGCUUAGCAGAAAAUAAAUAUGGCACCAUUUAUGCCAGUGCUGAGCUGAAGAUUUUAGCUUCAGCUCCCACUUUCCCACUAAAUCAAAUGAGGAAAACAAUAAUUAUUACGAAAGGCCAAGAAGUUGUCAUUGAGUGCAAGCCACAAGCCUCUCCAAAGCCAACUAUCACUUGGAAGAAAGGAGACAAAGUGUUACGGGAGAAUAAGAGGAUAACUAUUCUUCCACAUGGAAGCCUGCGAAUCCUGAAUGCUUCCAAGUCUGAUGAAGGACGGUACUUAUGCCAAGGUGUAAAUGUAUUUGGAUCUGCAGAAAUCAUUGCAUCAGUAUCUGUUAAAGAACCUACAAGAAUAGAGCUGACUCCCAAGAAGAUAGAGUUAACAGUUGGAGAAAGCAUUGUCCUCAGUUGCAAAGCCCUUCAUGACAGCACACUGGAUGUCACUUUCUAUUGGACACUCAAUGGACAGCCAAUUGACUUUGAAAAAGAAGGCGGACACUUUGAAAGCAUCAAGGCACAAGCAUCCUCUGCAGAUUUAAUGAUCAGGAACAUCCUCCUGAUGCAUGCCGGGAGAUACGGCUGCAGGGUUCAGACCGCAGCGGACACCGUGUCAGAUGAGACGGAGCUGCUUGUCAGGGGUCCUCCUGGUCCCCCAGGGGUUGUAAUAGUGGAGGAAAUUACAGACACCACAGCAACACUCUCCUGGAGUCCUGGGGCAGACAAUCACAGCCCUAUUUCCCUCUACAACCUGCAAGCACGCAGUCCAUUUUCUCUUGGCUGGCAGACCGUAAAAACAGUUCCAGAUGUGAUAAGUGGUGACAUGGAGUCUGCUAUGGCUGUGGAACUGAACCCUUGGGUGGAGUAUGAGUUCAGAGUAGUAGCAACCAACAAAAUUGGGACUGGAGACCCAAGUGCACCAUCACGAGUGAUCAGAACCAACGAAGCAGUUCCAAAGACACCUCCAGCUAAUGUAAGUGGCAGAAGUGGAAGGCGACAUGAAUUAGUAAUAGCAUGGGAGCCAGUGUCAGAAGAAUUUCAAAAUGGAGAAGGAUUUGGAUAUAUUGUAGCCUUCAGACCCAAUGGAACACGUGGCUGGAAGGAAAAAAUGGUGACAUCUUCAGAUGCCUCAAAGUUCAUCUACAGAGAUGAAAGUGUGCCACCUCUGACUCCUUUUGAGGUGAAAGUUGGUGUUUACAACAACAAAGGAGAUGGUCCUUUCAGCCCUAUUGUGGUCAUCUGCUCAGCUGAAGGAGAACCAACCGCUGCUCCCAUCGAUGUCAAAGCUACAAGUUUGUCUGUAUCAGAGAUUCUUGUUGCGUGGAAACAUAUUAAAGAAAGUCUAGGAAGACCACAGGGAUUUGAGGUUGGUUACUGGAAGGAUAUGGAGCAGGAAGAAGCAGCAGAAAAGGUCAAAACUGAGGGAAAUGAGUCAUCCAUCCUCCUGACAGGAUUAGAAGGAAACACAUUAUAUCACCUAACGGUGAGGGCAUACAACGCUGCAGGGUAUGGACCACCUAGCGCUGCUGUGCGUGCAGCAACCAAGAAGUCCCCUCCAAGCCAAGCACCAAGCAAUAUUAUGUGGAUACAGGACGGCUCUCAUGUGUCUCUUGGGUGGGAGCCAGUCAGACCUCUAGCUAAUGAAUCUGAUGUAAUGGGAUACAAGGUAUUAUUUAGGCAAGAAGGCCAGAGCAACAGUCAAGUUAUAGAAACACAGAAAACCUCUGCGGUCGUACUUCUUCCUGAUGUUGGUGUCUACAUCAUUGAGGUCUGUGCAGUCAGUGAAGGAGGGGAUGGGACUACGAGUCCCCAGAUCAGAGUUCCAUCUUUUUCAGGAGGGAAAGUAACAAGUGCUCAAUCCACCUUACAUAUGUUGUCCACUUCCUCAUCCUCUGUAACGUUGCUUUUGGCACUGAUGGUUCCUUCAACCUCAUGGUGA